UUGACAGUGACGUUUGUGUUUACAUAAUUGCGUGUAUUCGUAAUAAUAAAACUGUGUCUAAAAACCCGAGAAAAUCGAAUCAAACAAUAUCCUCCUUGUAAUAAAAUAGAAGUGCAUUAAUGACACCAAUUGUUGCAAUCUCUUAUCAGAUGAUAAUUAUUAUCGAAGGGCAAUCUGAGAUAAAAUAUUGUGAAAAAUGUUUUUCAGUGUAAGUUUGAAUUAAAUAUCCAUAGUAAAAAAAGCUAUUCCUCAUGUCCUACAAAGUGUUUGGAUAGUGAUUGCCGUACAUAACACAGUAUUAUGAUGUUGCCCAUACUGGUAUCGCCAUGGGAACACCAGGCGAUAAGGCGAAAAUCGGAAAGGUAGUACAAGGAAGCCAGCUGGAUCCCGAUCAAGAAACCGUUUCUCCCACAACAACAGCAGCAGCCACUGCGUCAACAUCGACAGCAACCACUGAAAGUUCUGUAAUCCCUCAACUGCCACAGCCAAGCACUUCAGCAACAAUGGGGAUGAUCAGUAGAUUACCGCAAUUUGAGACGUUUGCUGCCAUCAAUAUCCAUCCGUCACUGUCCCAAACAGCAGGAAAACCGGAAACCUUCCAACCGACCAUGGGGGCGCUAGGUCAAGCUCACAUGGAAGACUAUUUCACUCAGACAAAGCAUUACCCAAGCGUUUCAGAAAACUUGCAAACAUUAUAUCAUCCGGUCAUGACACCGAAACCGAAAACAUUCCUCAGCUUAGACGAACCGGGACCCUCAGGAUUGCAGACCCAAAAAACUAAAACAAAACUGAGCGUGAAAAGGACAAAGAAAUCGUCGCAGAUCCAGAAAAAGGGCCAUUCAUGUCCCGUUUGUCAGAAAAAUUUCGCAACCAUUGAUAAGUUGACAAAACAUCAACAGAUCCAUUCAGGGACGUCGCCGUUCAAAUGCGAACAUUGCAAGAAAUCGUUUAGUUCAAAAUUUAAAUUAGUUAGACACGUUUUAAUUCAUUCAGAUCGGAAACCGUUUAGUUGUACAGUUUGUGAACGGACUUUUCACAGAAAGGAUCAUCUGAAAAACCACAUAAAAGUUCACAGUCCCAGUAAAAAAGUUUAUAUUUGUGAAAAAGCCGAUUGCAAAAAAGAGUACACUUCGUUGAUGAGCUACCGAAAACAUCUAGCUCUCCACGCGGCAGAAGAAGGCAGCUUGCAGUGUCAGAUAUGUUCUAGUGUUUUUUCAACGAAAGACGAGAUUCUCUACCAUUUGAAAAUCCACGCCGGGAGUCGAACCGUAAAGAAUCCGAACGAAAAGAAAUUUACUUGCGAGCACUGUGACCGUAAAUUUUUCACGAAAAAGGACGUCAGACGACACCUAGUUGUGCACACAGGCAUGCGCGAUUUUUUAUGCCAAUUUUGUCCGCAAAGGUUUGGCCGAAAGGAUCAUCUAGUUAGACACAUUAAAAAGUCACAUUCGAAAAAUGUACCACCGGAAGACUUCGAAACUGCCAUUAAAAGUGAGAUUCCAGAAACGAUCGUCAAACCAGAAUUAGUGAUUAAAACCGACCCGGAGAUUAAAACCGAAUUUUUCGAAAGCAGUCUUUCAAAUCCCGAACAAAUCGAUUUAUCGUUUGAAGAUGUCAGUAGUAUAUUGCAAGAGGAUACGUUUGAUCCUUUAACGCGGUUUUUAGAACCGGAUACAGAGGGAAAUUUAACGUUUUUGCCCUCGCCGCAGUCACAGGAAGAAUUAAAAGACUUGGGAAGCACGAUUUUAGAGGAAAUUGGGGAACCUUCGAUGAUAGUAGAGAGUUUAACUGACCCUGACGAGGAAAUACUAGGUCAAAGUGUUUUAAAUAAUCCUGAAUUACAAAGACUGUUAGAACCGUCAGAAGAUAAAAAUUUACCUCUACCAGGGUUUAGUCAAACUUUUCAACCUCCUCCUCCACCUCCUUCAUAAUAUCUUUCUACAAGAUAUGCAUACCAUAAUUGUGUUCGUAAAAUAGGUGGCACACUGCUAAAUUAUUAUUGUCGUAUGGUAUGUUAAGUUACCAACUGAAAUUAUAAUCUUGUUUAAAUGGCAAUAUUUUCACCAGUUCAAAAAAGUUACCAGGAAUACGUAAUAACCAGACAUUAUUCAACCAUGUAUUGUUCUAGUCUUGCUAAAAAUGUUUUUCGUCUUUUUUAUUCAAUUAGGCAGCUUGUUAAUGUGUUAAUAUUGCCAAAAAUAUUAGUAACGUUAUUGAGAUUUUUCACAUUUUGUAAUGAUACAAAAAUAAUGUUAUAGAUAUCUAUUUUAUUUGCUAAAUUAAUUUAUGUUUGUUUCGACAAUUGCACAACUGUAUAUUUGAUUUUUACUCAAAAUUAUUUAAUUUGGUUACAAUAGAGUUUCACAUAAUCGGUUGAAUAGAAAAGGAGUACUUACGCGAGACGAGAUAAUUGAAAGAUUGUAUGCUGUGUGCAAUUGUUUUAACGAUAUUAGGCAUAAUUUUGAUCUGAGAGACACUUAAAAUAUGUUGUUGUAAAUUUAUAUUUAUUUGUUAAAUUGUUUCCAAAGUUAUUUAUCACUGGUGCUAAAAUCCAUCUGAAAACAAUUGACAAUUAUUGUAUAUUAUUGUUAUGCUAUGAAAAAUAUUAGAUAUUUUCUAUUGUUAAAUUUUUACCAAUCAAGCAUAUCUGUAAAAAGUACUUUCACCACUUAACAUGAUCAAGUACAAAAUUGGAAAUUUCAUUGACUCGUGGCUAAAUUAAAUUUAAUUUAUUAUGAAACAGGUGUGAUAUCCAACAUAGCCAAAAGUCAAUGACACACUAAUUCUUUCAGUUUACAUUUUCCGAUACUAAUGAAAUAAUCUACCUCAUUUUGCAACAAUUCAUUGCUGUACAAUCAGCUAGUCAUAGUUGUAAGUCUAUCUGUAUGAUGUUAAAAAAUAGUUUUUUAUACAUACUGUAUAUUAUAAAAAUAAUAUAUUUUACCAGUGUAUAUAAUUAUUCAUAUGAGUCUAUUUUAAAAUAUGUACAUUUUAUUUUUAUACAUGAAAUUAUAGUA